GUGACCCCCUGUGAUCUGUCCAGCCCCACACACAGCAUAAAAGCCACCGCCCGCUUUCGGCAACCGGUCUGAGAGCGGCGUCCGAGCGCGCUCUGCUCUACGAGCUCUGUACUCGAUUGCUCACGUCUGGCGCGAACAUGGCAGAUGCUGAGGAUAAUGUUGCCAUUCCUGAGCUCAGCUCGCUUCUACAAAUGGAUCCGCACCUCAAACCGUAUGAGAAGGACUUUAAGAGGAGAUAUCGCUUGUUCCAGAAGCAGCUCUCGCUCCUGGAGGAGGCCGAGGCAGGCUUUGAUCAGUUCACACGCAGCUACAGGAGCUUUGGUGCACACCGCCAGCCAGACAACAGCCUAGUCUUUAAAGAGUGGGCCCCAGCUGCUGAGGCACUGUUCCUCACUGGAGACUUCAAUGGCUGGGAUAAGUUCUCUCACCCGUACAAAAAGAAAGAGUUUGGAAAAUGGGAGCUGCACAUACCACCUAAAGAAGACAAGUCGCCAGCUGUUGCUCACAAUUCCAAACUAAAGGUGGUGGUUCACACCAAAGAAGGUGAGCGGUUAUAUCGAAUUUCUCCUUGGGCAACGUACGUGACCAAGGUUAACACUUCUGUGGUGUAUGACUGGGUAUUCUGGGACCCUCCUCAGCCUUACAUGCACAAGCAUCCUCGGCCACGGAAGCCCCGUAGCUUACGGAUCUACGAGUCUCAUGUUGGCAUCGCAUCACCAGAGGGCAAAAUUGCGUCUUACAGCAACUUCACACACAAUGUCCUGCCUCGAAUUAAAGACCUCGGCUACAACUGUAUUCAGCUGAUGGCCAUCAUGGAACAUGCCUACUAUGCUAGCUUUGGUUACCAAGUUACAAGUUUCUUCGCAGCAUCCAGCCGAUAUGGCACUCCGGAUGAGCUGAAGGAGCUGAUUGAUGUGGCUCACUCUAUGGGCAUCAUUGUGCUGUUGGAUGUGGUCCACAGCCACGCAUCCAAAAACACUGAGGAUGGCCUGAACCAGUUUGAUGGCUCCGACUCGUGCUUCUUCCACGGCGGGCAGCGUGGUGAACACCCGCUCUGGGACAGCCGACUGUUCAACUACUCCAGCUGGGAAGUACUGCGUUUUCUCUUGUCUAACCUGCGUUGGUGGAUGGAGGAGUACCGUUUUGAUGGCUUCAGGUUCGAUGGAAUCACGUCCAUGCUGUACCAUCAUCAUGGUGUUGGUACAGGUUUUUCUGGCGACUACUCAGAAUAUUUUGGUCUCCAAGUUGAUGAGGACUCCCUGGUCUACCUAAUGCUAGCCAAUCAUAUUCUUCACACAGUGUAUGAGGACUGCAUCACUAUAGCAGAGGAUGUGUCUGGUAUGCCCACGCUAUGUCGGCCUGUGCAGGAGGGAGGAUGUGGCUUUGACUAUAGACUGGCCAUGGCUAUUCCUGACAAGUGGAUCCAGAUCCUGAAGGAAUUCAAGGACGAGGACUGGGACAUGGGGAAUAUCGUGCAUACGCUGACCAACAGGCGCUACGGGGAGAACUGCAUUGCGUAUGCAGAGAGCCACGACCAGGCUCUGGUGGGAGACAAGAGCCUGGCCUUCUGGCUGAUGGAUAAGGAGAUGUACACCAACAUGAGCACCCUAAUUCCCAUGAACCCAAUCAUUGAUCGGGGCAUCCAGCUGCACAAGAUGAUCCGGCUGCUUACCCAUGGCCUAGGAGGAGAGGGCUACCUCAACUUUAUGGGUAACGAAUUUGGUCAUCCAGAGUGGCUAGACUUCCCCCGCGUAGGGAACAAUGAGAGCUACCACUACGCCCGGCGGCAGUUCAACCUGGUGGACAUGGAUCACCUGCGCUACUGCCAACUCUACGCUUUCGACCGGGACAUGAACCGCACAGAGGACAAAUACGGCUGGCUGGCGGCUCCCCCGGCCUUUGUCAGCACGAAGCAUGAGGGUGACAAGGUGAUCGCUUUUGAGAGAGCUAACGUCAUUUUCAUCUUCAACUUCCACCCUACGAACAGUUAUAGCAGCUACAGAGUGGGAGUGGGGCCAUCAGGAAAAUACAAAAUCAAGCUGGACUCUGAUGAGAUUCAGUAUGGAGGCCAUGGCAGACUGGACCACAACACAGAAUUCUUCACUGAGUCUGUGCCUUUCAAUGACCGUUCCAACUCAAUGCAGGUUUACAUUCCCUGCAGAACAGCUGUUGUUCUGGCCAAUGAGGAAAUCGAUUACUGCUACUGAAACACCAUCAUUGAUUCACCAAGAGAUUGAUACUCGGCGCACAUCUGCCUCUCCACUAGCCUCUGCUGAAGACCUGUCUGCCAGACACCUCCUCCCGCUCCCUCUGUUUCUCCACCUUUAGCCACAGAUUAGCUGUUCAAGAUUUCAAAAAGUUGUCAGGGUCAUUUCGAACAUGGGCACACAUUCUAGUGUGCCAUGUUUAAUGUAAUGGGUAACAUCUCUAUUUUGGGCAUCGAUUAUUAGGUGUUCACACUUUAACACAAGCUAUAGUAAAUCCAACGGCUGCUUAUAACCUAAUUCAGAGGUUGCCAUGCUUUUUGAAAACUGUUAUAAAAACCGCCAUGCCUGAGUAGAAUAUAUUACUCUGUUAUAACUACUGAAAUUGCUCAUCACCACUGUCUAAAAGGAAAACCACACCUAAAAUUGUGAUUAUAGUGACAUACUGCUAUCAAAUUGACCAUGGGGUAUAUUGUAAAUUACUCUGAUAUAUAAUGUCUAUUGAUGUUUGCUGUAACUAGUUACAUUGACCAUCUACCAGGAGUGAGAUAUGUUUAAUCUGCGCUAUUUAAUCUGUAAAAGACAAGCACUUUCUUGAAAACGUAACAUCUUGUUUGUUAUAUUUAUUUGCUGACUGUGUUAACCCAGCUCGUCAUGCAAGGUUUUUCAAAAGCACAUCUUUAGAGAAAGAUGAGAUGAUGAUUUAGAUGAUCAUUGCAUCUUAGGGACAAAAGCUAUGCUGAAGAGUUAAGUGUGAUAUCAGGCCUACUGAAUAAGUCCUUUUAAAACAGCUGACUAAUUAGCUGAGUAAUUAAAUCUACUCGUCCUACGUUCCUUAAAAUGUGGAGAUGUGGUAGGGGGAGUUGAGUCGUAGCAGCACCACCUGAUUUUCAAUGUGCGGAUAGUCUACAUGUAAAAAAAUAAAUAAUUUAAAAAUCAUAAGUUAAAUGACCACAUACACUGUGAUAAUUGCCUUCCGUUUUAUUUAGAUUGAACCCCAUAGAUGGUUUAUAGUUGUUCAUUAUGCAGUUGUUCAUUAACCUCUGUUGAUUUUUGUUUAGUGUUUGGCUAACUGUCAGGCUUAUGCUGCAAACAUAAUAUCCUGGCAAGUGAAAGCAUCUAAAAUGUAUGCAAUUUAUUAGGGUUGAGUGGUUUGGCCAAAAUAUAAUAUCAGAAUGAAUAUAAUAAUUAAUAUAACCCUAAUGUAUGUACAAUAAAUAUAUAACAAAAAAGAUGUUUUCAUGAUACACUAUAUGUAUCUCAGUAUUUCACACAAGUAUAAGCAAAACCUGUGAGUACAAUUUUUUUUUUUUGUUUGUUUUGUUUUUCAGCAUUUCAGCUAGUGCACAUGACUACUUUGAAUAAAGCAGGGCCAGUUAUGCUCUUGGACUCCUGAUAUUGUCUGGAUUUGAACUCACCAUCUUCUGACUAAAACCCAAGAUAGCUAUACCUACUGGAAGCUUGUGUAAGUGUUGUGAGAAUACUAGCAAUACCCAUGAUAUACUCAGAACAACGUAUCAUUAUCAUUAUGAAAAUUAAUUUUUUGUAUGAAUAUUAUAAUGUUAUUCAACCUAUAACAAAAAAGUAUCUUGUUUAAUAAAAAUAUCUUAAUUCUA